AUGGCAGUUGGAACGACUACGAGUGUCAAGCACAACCUGAAGGCGGAAGCGACGGAAGGCGAGUCUCGAGGUCACCUGGACAAGCACCAGGUUCGAGGAACGCAGGCCGACAGUCGACCCGGUCGGGCUGCACACCACCGUGAGGAGGCGACGGAAGCCACGCCGGGGGGGUACCGUGGCGAGAGCUACGUGCAGAUUGACCGCCAAGUCUCGACGGAUCACGGCGCGUCGGAGGCCUCUCGCGGUGCCAACGCCCACGUGACCGAAAGCGGAGCUACCGGCGACGACGAACAGGCGGCUGGCGACCGACCGGCGACCGACACGCCGACUGAAGAGAAGGAACCAGCGGUCGAAUCGGCCACGUCCUCGACCGUCGUGUGUGGCGGCGGCUGCGUUGCUGCCACGCAACGUGCAGCUGCUGGAAAGUGUCCCGCGUGCGAGUGUCCGGCCGCCGGCUGUCCCUGCACCAAGUGCGGGUGUCCUCUGUGCGGCCCCACGCAGACGGCGUCCACGCCGCUGCCCUGUCGCGGCGGCGACGACGCGCGCGCCCGCGCCACUGCCGGCACGUGUCCUGCGUGUGGCUGUCCAGCGAGCAAGUGCCCCUGCACGAACUGCGUCUGUCCGGUCUGCAAGUCGACGUGA